GUGCUGCUUUGUGCUGUAAUUGGUAUGCAUCCAGAAGAUCCACUUAAGUUUUUAGAAGAAAAGCUCAAAGAAAUAAUGGAAAAGGGAUUAGACGCUGUCUUGUGGUGUAUGUGUACUGAUCUGUCUUUACACCCAAAAUUUAAGAGGCUUUCAGAAACGUACCUGAACACUGUUUUUGGACUAGAUGUUGAACAACUGAUAACUGAAGAAUGUACCAAAGCAUGGGGCUUUUACAGCAGGAACUUAAUGAAGCUGUAUUUUGGAGGAUGGUUAAAAUACCACCUGCUGAAAAAGAGUAAAAGAAAGAAGGCAGAGCAGAAGGUGGCUCUAGCAGUAGACCAUUAUAACGUGCAAAUAGUAAGAGUUAUUAUACAGAAGUGGAGCAUGUGGGUGCACAUUCACAAGCAAAAAAGGACAUUGGCAGUGAAGAGAUUGCAACAGAUCUUUAAUAAAUUAUACUUAAAUGCUGUCGUGAAGGCUUGGCAUGCAGAGGCCCACAGUUCUUCAGAAACAAAAGCAUAUUUUGAGAGUUUGGCAAAGGAAAGUCAGAAAAACUUCUGUGAAUUAAAUGAUCUUUCCACCAGCCAUGAAGCAUCCCUUUUACCAGAAAAAGCCUUGUUACAGAUUUUCCGUUACAUAAAUUUGGUUGAUCUGGCAAGAUGUGCUCAAGUUAGUCAAACAUGGAUGAUGCUGUCUCAGCACAGUUCGAUAUGGAGUGAUAUCAAUUUUUCAUCAGUGAAGCAUAAAGUUCAGGACGAAAUAGUAGUAAAUGUUUUGCAGAGGUGGUGUCCAUGUGUCUUACGCUUGAAUCUUCGAGGUUGCUGUUCUCUUCACUGGCCUACCUUUAAAAGUAUCGGUGCGUGUAAGAAUUUGCAAGACUUAAAUCUCUCUGAAUGCCAGGGAUUAAAUGAUGAGUCGAUGAGAGUCAUAUCAGAAGGUUGCAGAUCUCUUCUCUAUUUAAAUCUGUCAUAUACAGAUAUUACUAAUGGAACACUACGACUAUUGCCAAGGUAAAACUUCCUCAAUUUACAGCAUCUGAGUUUAGCUCACUGCAGAAAAUUCACAGACAAAGGUUUACUGUACCUGGGCACUGGAAAAGGCUGUCACAAGCUCAUCUAUUUGGACCUUUCAGGUUGCAUUCAGAUUUCAGUUGAUGGCUUCAGAAAUAUUGCCAGUGGCUGCACUGGGAUUCAGAAUUUGCUGAUCAACCAAAUGCCAACUCUUACAGACGGAUGUAUUCAAGCUCUGGUUGAAAAAUGCCAACAGAUAACGUCUGUUGUCUUCCUUGACUCUCCACAUCUUUCUGAUACAACUUUUGAAGCCCUUGCUGAAUGUAAACUGCUGAAGGUCAGCAUUGAAGGGAAUAACCAAAUUACUGAUUUAAGUUUCAAGCUGAUGAGUAAAUGCUGCCCAUACAUCAGGCACAUUCAUAUGGCUGAUUGCCAGAAAAUUACAGAUGCUGGUCUUCAGAUGAUUUCACUACUGAAGCAUAUUCUUGUACUGAAUGUAGCAGACUGCAUAAGAAUCAGUGAUGAAGGUGUAAUGCCAUUUGUACAAGGUUCUUCAGGAGCUAAGCUAAGAGAGCUGAAUUUGACUAAUUGUAUUCAUGUCACUGAUGCUUCUGUCACAGAAAUAGCACAAAGAUGUCAUGAAUUGACCUACCUAAAUCUGUGCCACUGUGAAAAUGUGACUGAUGCUGGAAUUGAAGCCUUGGGAAAUAUGUCGUCAUUGAUAUCCCUUGAUAUCUCUGGAACCGGAAUCUCAGAUACGGGUUUGAGGGCUCUUGGCUGCCAUGGAAGAAUAAAGGAACUUUCCAUAUCAGAAUGCAAAAACAUCAGUGAUACUGGGAUUCAGGAGUUCUGCAAGGGCACAAAGUACCUGGAGCACUGCCAUGUCUCCUGCUGCCCGCAGCUGACGGAUGAAGCUGUGAAGACAUUGGCAUUUCACUGCCAGAGACUAACAUCUGUUAACCUAGCGGGUUGCCCAAAGAUGACUGACACCUGUAUCAAAUACUUGGCUGCAGCCUGCUGUUAUCUCCGCUUCUUGGAUGUCUCUGGUUGCAUUCAUCUUACUGACAAAGCACUGAAAUAUCUUUGGAAAGGUUGUCAGCAGCUCCAGGUUCUCAAGAUGCUGUACUGCAGAAAUAUUACCAAACAAGCUGUCCUGAAAUACACAGCCAAACUGGAGAAACAAGAACACAGCGAUGCUGACCCUCCUGCCUGGCUUGGAUACGACCCGGAUGGCAACAUACUCCCUUCACCAAAACACACGCGCUGGAGCCUGAACAAACAAAUGCCUCAAAAUGAAAAAUGA